UAUCCGCGCAAAAAAAAAACGCAACGGGGGUUCGUGUGUUACACCUCCUCGGGGAACCGCGCCAGUCUGCAAGUCGCGUUUCGCGGAUCCGGAACACAUCAACACGCGGCGGAACAAAACAAAAAAAAAAUAAACACGGCGGCGGCAGAAGAAGAAACACUUGACUCUUGUUGUUAGUUAGUGCGAUGCAGGAGUCUUCAGGAAGUGCGUGAAUCAUCAGACACGGUGUGACACUUGCUCAAGAGUGCAUAAACAAAACGAAAAAGAAAAGGUGCAAACCUUGUGCAAAGUGUUUCGAGUGUGAAAUUAAUGAGCUGGUGAUUUUUGAUCAAUCAUCUUCGUCAACCUGUGUUGCGCUAUGCGUUUAAGCAAAACAAUCUGAAAACACAAAAGUGACAAGUGAGAAAAGCGAAGAACAACCGUGAGUGUGUUAGAUAAAAUAAGAAAAAAGCAGGAUUAAAUUUCCGUGAUUUAUUGCGGUACACGUUCUAUUCCUGAUCCCAGAGAAAACCAACAACAGCAGCAGCAGCAGGAAUCAGCGAAGCUGUUCCUGUUGUGUUUCCGUUGAGUUAUCGAUUCCGUCCUUUGUUUGGAGCAUACACAUAGAAAUUCGGCACCUCACCACGACCCCGCUCUCUCUCUCGGAAGCGACCGCGCGCGUAUAUCACAGCCGCAAUGAAAAUGGAUUUCCGGCGAAAGCUUAUAUGAUCUCAAAACCAAACAAAGUCUCGAAGAAAACUACUACCUCUAAUAAGUGAAGAACAGAAACGACAAAAAAACAAACUAAAAGCGUAAGGAAAAGCCCACCUCAUAUACGAAGGCAAAAAAAAAAAGGAUUCGAGUCAAACACCCCCAAAAGUGCGCUCGAUGUAUUGAAUGACGACAGCAACUGUCGCUAUCCAGCAGAGUGAGAUAUUGAGACGAUAUCCGGCCAUUCCGACGCCCUGGACGAGCGGCAGCUACGCCAGGAUGAAUGAAACGCAGCAGAUGCACACGACGGACAACAGCCAACAGAGCAAUGCCAGCGCCAACAACCUGAGCAUACACAACAACAACAAUACCAGUAGUAGCGGCGGUGGCCAGAAGCGAACCGGUGGCAGCAGUAGCAACAGCGACGCCAAAAUGGACCACCCCCUCCAGUUGCUACACCGGGAGCGCGAACGGGAGCUUCACCAUCAGCAACAGCGUGAACAGCAUCAGCAAUCAGCAUCCCAGAAUCAGUCCCAGACCCAGCACCACCACAACCAACACCAGCAACAACAGCAGCAGCAGCAGCAGCAUAGGCCACUCUCGCCAACACCCUCCGAGCAGCAGUAUGCACUCAAAUGGAACGACUUCCAAUCGUCCAUUCUGUCAUCCUUUCGACAUCUGCGUGAUGAAGAGGACUUUGUCGAUGUGACGAUUGCCUGCGAGCAGCGAUCGUUCACCGCACACAAGGUCGUCCUGAGCGCGUGUAGUCCCUACUUUCGCAAACUGCUAAAGGCGAAUCCCUGCGAGCAUCCGAUUGUCAUUCUGCGUGACGUACGCUCGGAGGAUAUCGAAAGUUUGCUGAGAUUUAUGUACAACGGCGAGGUGCACAUCGGACAGGAUCAAUUAAGCGAUUUCCUCAAAACGGCACAGUUGCUUCAAGUGCGGGGGUUGGCAGAUGUGACGAAUCCGGGCCGAACGUCCAACAACUCCUCGAUGCUAAAUUCCUCCUCGUUAUCGACACCUGCUGUUCAGGAGCUAAAAGCAUCACCCACUUCAACAUCGUUACCAUGGGAACUGCCGGAUGACAACCAGUCGGUGCCACCACCCCAGAAGCGUACAAAAAGUUCCGAGCUGUACCGCAAGCAGCACGGUCUCAGCCCGGACGAUCCGAUCCCCGUCGAGCACCUGCCCGUUGGCCAGCAUCCGCUGACACGCGAACGGGACCGCAACAAGGACAAGAGCAAAGACCUCCGCAGCUUCGAGGCACGCGACCGCGAUCGGAGUUUGGAGCUGCGCGAAUCCCUGCUCGGACAAGCCCUCGAAGGUGGACCCACUCUGUCGAUACCAUCGAAACAUCCCGAUUUGAUGUCGCUGCAGGCCGUCGCCAGUGGCGAAGACUCGAACAGCAGCGAUGCUGCCUCGGACCACGGCGAUGACAUCGAAGGCAUCAACGGAAACGUCGAACACACUCGGCCCUCGUUCCCAUUCCUAGGACUGCAAGGCAUUCCCGGGCUGAUACCCGGCCCAUCCGGUAUGCACGGGGAGAACUUCGUCUCUCGCCGUUCUUUAGAAAUGCGAGUGCGUGCCACGGACCCCCGACCCUGCCCGAAAUGUGGUAAAAUCUACCGUUCGGCUCAUACACUGCGCACCCAUCUGGAGGACAAGCACACCGUAUGUCCCGGCUAUCGGUGCGUCCUGUGCGGGACCGUCGCCAAAUCACGCAAUUCGCUCCACUCACACAUGUCCCGUCAGCAUCGUGGAAUCUCCACCAAGGAUCUCCCGGUUCUGCCAAUGCCGAGCCCGUUCGACCCGGAACUUGCCUCACGCCUGCUCGCCAAAGCCGGAGUGAAAAUCUCCCCGGCGGAACUGAGGGCCCGAGCGUCUCCCACCGGCACCCGACGGAACGAUGGCAUGAAGCUGGAGCUACGAUCGGGAGCCGAUGGGGACGAAUUCGACGACCCGGAGGAUCUCACCAUGUCCCAGCAGAGCGGUCACAGCGAAAACCAGCGACGUUUCCACGAGAGCAUGAUGGGGAUGUCACCAUCAAUUCCGUUUGGUGAUGUUUCAGCGUUCAACCACCCGAGCACGACCAUAACUCGUGUUCGGCAGCAGUGCGACAACAACCUGAAGGGAAGCCACGAGGGCGGCCGCGAUGGCAGCAACGCAAACGGAUCGGCCCUAUCGCUGACGGACCGUCACGGUGGCAAUGGAAGUGGGGCCGGCGUGAAUCACAUGCAGCCUAAAACACCCACCGGAUCGGCGAUCUUGGACACGUACUUGCAGUUCAUCACGGAGAAUGCUUUCGGAAUGGGAGGAAUGACACAAGAACAAGCCGCCGCCGCAAUCCAGUACGCACAGCUGAAAGCGAUGGGACACAACCUAGAGCAGCUUCCCCCUGGGUUUCUACCUCCGCAGUUAGAUCUCUCGAAGCUCACCGCCAACAGCCAACAUGGUUCGGACCUUUCGCUCAACAAACUGCAGUCCUCGCCGAACGUAACGAUCGACCAGCCCUCGAGUCGUGACGAUCGCCACCAUCACAUGAGCGCCCAGCAAAAACUGCUCUCCCUGGCGGCUGGAAACGGAAAUCACAAUCUGAACAACAAUUCGAUUCUAAACAGUGACUCGAUUCGUCGCGGCGACUCGUCCGAGCCGAUGGAUCUCGGUCUGGACGGACCCCAGCACAACGUGAUCGACGAUGGAAACAACUCCGGGGACGAAGCGAAUUAUUCUGACGACGAGGGUGUCGGCACCAACUAGAUUGCAUAUACACGUUUAGCGGAAAUGAGAUCAGAUACAGUAAUUCGUUGUGCCAUCCUUAAUUAAGUCCAUCCAAGUCCUAUUGCCCCUGUCUGUUAGACAGGGGGCAAAGCCAACAGUUGACGACACGAGCGACUGACUGAUGGACGUUGUUAUACCUCAGGUUCAUUUUCUCUUUAAGUUCCGAUGAUAAAGAUACCUAGUGUUUAGAGAAGAGCAACUAUAUGCGAUAUAUACGAAGAUAUAGAGAAAAAAAACUGCAAUCCGUAAUUGAAAUACCUCAUAUUGAAGAAACAAACACUUAAUUUAAAGAGACCCUUCGUACACAAAAUGAAAAGGAAAGAGAGAUAUUUCACAUUGUACUACUUACUUAGUGACGAUAAGAGCAUAUUUACAAACAAAACCAUAUGAGACACCAUCCGUCAUUCUACCUCAUAAAUAGUAAAAAAAAAUAACGAUCACAGUUGGCGUAAACUGAUAUCUCAUUCACCCGGGCUGCGCCACCCAGUUUGGUGACAAAAAUACCCAGUUGAAACACUCCUGUAAAUAACGAUCAAUCUGCGGAAGAUUAUCAUCAAACCGAAAAAAUGUCGCCCAGUUCUUUGAAUUUUAUCAUAUAUCGAAACGUAUACUAAUCUCCUAAGCAGAGACCCUAACCCUCUGUAUACGCAAACGCUAUCCCGCUAUACCGUUUUAUUCUUAGAGUUGAAAGUAAAGCACAAACGUAGAACAUUUACAAGACAGUGCACACGAUAUACGAAAUUUUAUCAAAAUGCUAUACGAAAAACCACUCUACCAAUGUAUACUGAAAACCUAACGAAACAUAUAUUCAGUUUUUCGGAACUUCCGGUGAACGUUAAAUCUAUUUCGCUUGUCUAAUUUCCCAACGUUUCAGAACUAACCUAAGCGAUACGUCUACACAUAUAUCAACACAACCACUUGAGUAACUUUGCCUAGUAUACGCAAAACUUGAACAAAAGCAAAAGCAAACUUGUAUACCAACAAGCAAACAAACACAACACCGUGCGACAAGUUUAUACGAUUUAUCAUAAACAAACAAAGUAAUACGAUCAAAUUGAAACCGAUACGAUAUCAAAUCAAGUAUACUGAAAUAAUUAUAUACCGACAAGUAACGUUAUUUUUUUUCGUGUUUUCAAAGGCGAACUGAGCAACUUUUGUGGCCGGCCUAUGAUGGUCUGCUCUCAUUUCGAUCUUCAAAGCCACGUGCUUCCACUUCCACGCCGCGAAGAAGAAUCUCGACGGUUGUUUUUUAACUGUAAUACUCAUACCAUAAAUACCUCCUAUUUAGAAACAAACACACACACAGAAACCACUCAGGGCGAACAAAGACAGCACAUUUACAAACAAACAAACAAACACACAAUCGAUUGUAAGUACGCACAUGAUACUACAAAGCCGAAACAAAGGAUUAUUUAUUAGGAUAUAUGCUCACCAAUUUUCGUUACUCUGUGACAGUGACAGAAACAGAAAUUAGUUUUUGUUUCUGAUUUCAUCGUUUCGUUGAUAUUGUUUUUUUUCCUAAGAAACGAAACACACACACACAAACACACUAGUGCAACACAAAACGGGUAUAUUGUUUUACUAAUGUUUAACAGAAUAGACUUUGUUUACUCAGCAUGUUUUAGUUAUAGUUGACACACACACGUUUGACAGGUUUGAAAGAUGCGGAGAAGAGAGGAGAAAAGGAACAAAUCGCAUUUAAUGUGUAAUACUUCGUGUGUAAUAUGUUGAAUAGUUUUUUUUUCAUGUAUGAACAGAAUCUUUAUGGGCACACCUUACAUGAUCAAUAUUAUUGUCACAAAAUUGUCUUCAAUAUCAUGACAGCCAGGCUUUCGACAUCCGAUCUAACCUCAAUCAAUAUUUUGCAACCUUACACGGUCAACCAAGUCAUCAUCCUGUAUCCGCGAUGACGCGAGUGCGAGAUUCGAGUUUGGGAUACAAUCUAUUCUCCAUCAGAUUAGAAGGCUCGAAAACGAUUUAAAAUUAGUAAAAUUUGAAUGAAAAAUUUCUAAUUGGUGUUAUUCAUUUACUUGAAGCACGCAGUCUUGACCCUAACUUAAUCUAUUUCCUCUAAAUUUUCUCAUAUUUUUGGAAACAAUUUUCGAAAAAAAAUAGUAUACGAAAUAUUUGUUUUAAAAUAUUUGAUUGGUAUUUUUUAAUGAAAAACUAAAUGAUUUCCUGCAUUUCAUCCUCUAACCAAAAUUUUGCAUUUGUAUAGAUUUUUUGAAUUCAGAGUUUUCGAAAAGAAUCUGAAAAAAAGUUCAAAAUUUGGAAAAAAAAACUCACUCAAACACUAUAAGACCUGCAAAAUGUGGUGAAAUUAAGAAAUGUAGGAAAUUUCUUGAGUUUUCAUUAAAAAAUAAAAAAACAAAUAUUUCAAAAAAUAAUUUAAUAAAAUAAUAAAAUCAUAAAAUAAUUAUUUUUAAAUUCUAAACAAAAAUAUGGAUAGCCCAUGCAAUUACCAACAAAUCACCUAUAAAUCGGAAGAUGGGGAAAAAAGUUUUUCUAACAACAAUUUUCUCAUGUUUUCUUUGAAAAUUACUAUUAAUGUUUAACUCGUAACAUUUUUGUAUGUAAAUAAUCGCGAUUGACAUAUUCUGUAAACUUGUUUCUAUUGAGAAACAACAUGUCAAACACGACAAGUUGUGAGUAAAACUUUAUUUUUUCAGAAAUCUCCAUACAAAAAUAUCAUGUAUUCCAUAAACUAUAAAAGAUAGAAAGUUGACGCCUUCGAGAAAAGUUAGUAUUUUAGUUUUUAGUUAGCUUUGUCGAAUAUAUCAUAUCGAUAUCUUGAACAAAUUUAGGAUCAGCUAUAUUUUUUUUCAAAAAAAAACAUGAACAUGUCGUUAGAAAAACAUUUUCCAUGAAAAAGUACCCAUCUUCCAAUGUAUGGGUGACUUGUUAGUAAUUAUAAGAGCUAUCGAUUUUUCAGAGAAGUCUUUUUUAUUUAAUUUUUUUUUUUAUUUUUUAUGGAAAUUUAAAUAAUUUCCUACAUUCCAUUUUUUGACCAAAAGUUUGUAAGUUUUCUAGUUUUUGAGUCAUAAAUUCAAUUCAUUUCAUUUAUGUUUACUAGAACUUCAAAAGCUUAUAAAAGUCAAUGGCAGUCGCAAAAAGGCUAACUAAAAUGAAAUGUCUACAUAUUCACAGACACGCUUGCAAAUCUGGCAACUCAAUUUCAAAAUCCGUGUGAGGUGAAACGUCAACAACAUGCAUUUAUAUAAAAUGUCAAGAUAGUGAUGCUCGAAAAUCAGAAAAUCAAACUUUCCUCAUCAACAUCGAGCGUCGGCUGUGUUGAGCUGUCAUUAUGCUUUCAAAUGUCAUCACAGUGACAAUAAUAUUGACCGUGUAAGGUUCGCUUUAGAAGCGCCCACGAGCGAGUGUGAGAGCGUGUCGGAAAUUUUCUGAACACGUGAAAGCGAUUUAAGUUUGAAAAGAAACACAGAAAAAAAACAUUAGAAAGAAACCAGAAUGACGAAGCGAAGAACGCGCCAGUAUUGAAUCUCAUUGCAUUGAAUCUCAUGUCUUAGUUUGGAAAUUGUACUUAAAAUCAAUCACUUCCUGUACAGAUCGGCUUCCGGCAAUUGCUUUCCAAUCAAAAUAUUGAUGCAAAACAAAUAAAAAAAACAAUGAGAAAAAUUAAAAUCCUUGUAAAUAGCGAAAAAACAAAAACCGAUUCUUUAUCGUAGACAAGUAGCAGAUUUUAGAGUUUAAAAAAAUGAAAAACCUAGGUAAGCGUUUACAGUUAAGUCAAUAUUGAUAGAGAUUCUAGUGUUAUUUAUUCGAUUGAUGUCUCUUCGAUUGAAUAAAAACAGUUUCCCGCAAAGAACUUGCGCCGCGCGAAAUAGCUGAAUUAUGCGACUAUGUAAGUUUGAAUGAUGCGUUUAAAAACACUGCUGAUGGUGUUAUUUUUUUGUUUUCUCCAAUCAGUUAUUUUUUACACGCUUUUUUUCUUUUUUUUUUUUUUGGUUGAAAAUUUAACGGUUCAAAUCAAAAUCAUUAGGAGAAAAAUUCAAUGAAUUUUUCCAUUAGUUACGUUAUAUUAUAUGUUGUACUUAAAGAAGAGGGAAAUCCUGUCUGAGCUAUUAUUUCUCUUGCCCCCGAUGCAAUUAUUUAUGUUUGAAAAUUGAUUCAAUGCGACACGAAGGAAAACAAACACAAAAACACCUGAGUUCGAAUGUGAAUGAAUAGAAUAAAUGAAAAAAAAACAACUAGAAUUAGAGGAAAGAAAGAGUUGUUAAAAAUUACUAUGACUAUUGAAAAAAUAUUUUAUUAAAUGUGUGAUAGACCUACUCUAAAACAUGUGCAGAACAAGCAAAUAUGAUUACAGAAAAAUAAACAAGCUAAACUAUUGAACAGCGCAAAAGAGAGAAGAAAAAACUUUAGACUAAAAAUUGUAUUUAGUAAGAAUUAGCUAACGAAAUGGAGAUAAAAACGCGAAAGUAAAAUCUAUAUUUAAAAGUAAAAAUUCGUUCAGUAAGUGGAGCUACCACUUGGAGUAGUUUGUAAGAUAUAUUUCAUUUUUUAAGUUUUUUUUUUAAUAAUUAUAAUGCAAUCGUAAUCAAGAAUUAUACAUAUUUUUUUCAGAGAAAAAAUAUAUUUCAAAUUAUAAUUUUUCUUAGUUUGUUAUUUUCCGUUUUCACCGAAACAUUGCCUUGCCCUCAUUGGAGUUCUAAUCAUUUUCAGUUCCUUUCACAGCCUUGUAUCCUUUACAGAUUUUGGUUCGAUUUUUUUCAAACAUCUGCGGACUUGACCGGUCCGAACCAAAUUGGUUGAAUAUUUCGGGGUGUGCCUUUUUUGAAGUCAAGUCAUGAUAUUAGAGCUACAAAACGCGAGCACGCAACGUAAAGUUUUACCGUAGAGUGGAAUACAUCAGCUUGAUUCAUGAAUUAACAAAAUGAAGUUCCUAAAGAAAACAGUAGAGAAAUGAAGUUUUACAGAGCCAGCGCAGACAAAAAAAAAGUCAAGAUUUGAUCAGCAAACUUUCCAUUAGUAACACCUAGUAGAACAAGAUAUUAGUAACUUUCGGCAACACACGCUACUAAACGCAUUUUUACUAACAAUUGAUAACACGACAAAUUGUAACAUAUUGAAGACAAUAAUUAUAACUUCUCGUUUCGUGUGGUGGAGUUGCGAGCAGAGCAAGUGCAAAAUAAUAAAGUCACACAACUUUCAUCCUAACAUAAUGUCACCGUCAUUUGAAGCUGUAUUUCAAAUGCAAACCAGUGUGUUGUAUAUUUGGCUCCACCACAUGAGAUAAAGCAAAAAUUUGUUACAAUAGAAAGGGGUAGAAGCCGCAAACAGAAUAUAGAGAACUAUUUUGAACGCAAAAUCGUCAUUCGAAGAUCACCCGAUCCAGAACUAACAAAACUAGUGCAAUAUAAUUGGAUGUAGGAAAACAUUAGCAAAAAAAAAACAUAUACAAACAGUUCGAUCGAGGUUGAUUUUAUCGCUACGAUUCGAGCUGCAAACAGUUGUACAACAAAGUGAAUUGACAAAAAAUCUGUAAACUGAGAAAGUACUAAAGUGAGAAUUUUGAAUUGUUAUAAGAUAUUCACAGAGCAUUAAAACAAAGGAAAAAUUUCUCUAUUCAUUAGGAAAAGAACAGAACAAAACAAAUUCUUGUGUAAUUGCUUUAAGUAUCAAUACAAUACCCAUCUAUAUUGAA